CCGCAAGCGGUACACUUUUUGAUCAACUAAGUUGUAACAUGUGAGUUUCAAGACGUUGUCCUGUAUGACUUGGAAAAGAGGAUCCCUUUUUUAUCUGACGCAAUGAAGAAUGGUAGAUUUAUCGGAGUUCAUUCCCUGGAUUCUUGCCAUCUUCUUCGUCUUGUUUCUGAUCGCCUGCUGCUCCUGGCUCUAUCGAUGCAUCCAGAAAUGCGACGAUCAGUGCCCGGGCCUCCUCCCCGCCAGGAGUCCCUACAACCCGAACUCGCCCAUGACGCCCUUCCAGAGCGCCAGGCACACGCGCAAUAACUGCGAGGCCACGAGGCGGUUGACCACCCAGCGCGCCACCAACGAGGAGAAUGAGCCAUCCGGGAGCCAGCAGUGUAUCCUAGGCCUAUCGUCGUCCUCAGUGGUGCAUUACCACGGCCAGAAAGCGCCCCCUUACGUCUCCUUUGCCGACCGGCCGCCGCCGCCAUCUUAUGAGGAAGCCUGUAGCUCAUCAUCGACAACCGCUGUUGCGAAUACUGCGAAUAGCGAGAACCCAGGACAAACAGUGGCGAGUAUCGAUACCACGAAUGCGAAUGACACCGAUGGUACGCCAACAACAGCAACGGUGACCGCUACGGACAGUGUUGAAGUAGCAGACGGCGAGACAGUACCAGCAUCGAUUCCGAAUAACGCUGAUCAUGACAAUCGACCGAAUGACAUAGUCGAUGUUGUCAACGAGUCGGUUGCCAUUGACAACCCUCAGGAUGAGCCACUUAUAAACGAUGAUGAUGACGAUGACGAUGAAUUGCACGAUGUCGUUAUCGAAGCCACGACCCCCAGCCAACCCACGGCUGUGAGUGAGGAAGUGACACGACGUGAAAGUAGCAAUGUUCUACUUUAGCCUUAGCCUAUAUUUAGAUAUAUCAGGGCAGCCUCGACUCCAUGGGCGCGUGCGCGUUCCUUUACUAAAAUCGUGCAAGGCAUGAUGGGAACCAACAUGGCGCGGCAAGAUCGUACCCAUGGAAACGAGGUUGGUAUCAGGACCCAAUUUCACGCUCUGCUUACCGUAAGCAAAAAACUUUGCUAACUAUACAAACGAUUAGCGUAUUCAUGG